AUGUCGCUUUCGGCCUCUGACAGUGUCAAUAUGCCGGUCACUCCGUUGCAACCCGCAGACUUGCCCAAAAGGCCGCGCAGUCCUAAUAUCGAAAAUGGUGGCGGCAGUUUGGACGACCACCAAAAAUCGAAAAUACCCAAAUUAGACUCCAACACCCCCGUCGAUACGAGCUCUGAAUCAGACGUCUCGUCUGAGGACUCUGAUACGUUCAUGGUGGACGAACUUGCAUUGAAAGAAAUCGAAUUCGAGGAACCCAGCGACUCGGAACCGCCUUUUGACAGGAUGGAUUACUUUGACCGGGACUCGCUUCCGCUCAUGACUGAUAUAAAGAUCACCAAAAACGUUUGCUCGUACACCAGAAGUUUCCUCAAGUCGCGCGGAUUUGUUGAAUUUCUGGAGAAAACCAUACCCGUGGAUCCCUCGCCUCAAGACAUACUACACGUCACGGGUAUGCUUGGCUAUACGCCAAGGUACGAGAGCCGCUUUUAUAAGAAUCAGGACCAGACAGAGGAGUUCAUGCAAAAAUGCAUUCUUUUUAUGCAGAAAGCCAUGAACAGGGUGCUGAAGAUCCGCACAAGACUCCCAAGCUUCCACAAGCUUGAGCACGUUAAGAGUGCGCUGGAAAAUGCGAAAAGCGUCCUGGUGCUAACUGGUGCAGGAAUAUCCACCUCUUUGGGAAUUCCCGAUUUCAGAUCGUCGCAGGGUUUCUAUGCACGAAUGAAGCAUCUUGGCCUCGACGACCCGCAGGACGUUUUCAGUCUGGAGGUGUUCAAACGGUCUCCGGAGGUGUUUUAUUCGAUCGCACAUAUGAUUCUGCCUCCAGAAGCCGCUUACACACCGCUACAUGGCUUUAUCCGCCUGUUGCAGGACAAAGGGAAGCUGCUGCGAAACUACACGCAAAACAUCGAUAACCUGGAAGCCAACGCAGGGGUGUUGAAAGAGAAGGUUGUCCAGUGCCAUGGAUCGUUUGCGACCGCCAGCUGUAUUACAUGCAAAUACAAGGUGCCUGGAGAAACACUGUUUGGACAUCUGAGACGCCAGGAAAUCGCAUACUGUCCCUUCUGUGAGAACGAAAGAAAGAGUCUGCUUGCACAGCUGGACAAGAUGGAGGACGAAGGCGUCUACUCGCGAAAGUUUGAGUAUGUGAACUCUUUCGGAGUGAUGAAGCCUGACAUUACGUUUUUCGGAGAAGACUUGCCGGAGCAAUUCCACAGCACUAUCAAGAGCGACAUACAGAACUGCGACUUGCUGAUAUGUAUAGGGACGUCACUGAAAGUGGCCCCAGUUAGCGAGAUUAUCAACCUUGUCCCCAAUCACGUCCCGCAAAUUUUGAUCAAUAAAGAUCCUAUCUACCACUGCGAAUUUGACGUUGAUAUCCUGGGCUACUGCGAUCAUGUGAUCACUUAUCUCGCGGGCAAGGAGCUGGGAUGGCGAAUUAACCACAAGGAUUUUGACAAGAUCCUGAAUUCUGGUCUGGAACUGGCCGUGGUGGACGAGGCAGCAGGCUGCUACGAGGUAACCGACGAGGAGACGCGCAAAAAGCUAGACGCUGAGCUGGCGGGGCAGGACGAGGAGGAUACACAAGCUAGUGAGCAACAGAGCUCUGUGGGCGAAUAG